AUGAAUGAUCAUUUUGGUAUCGGAGCCUUUUUGGUAGUUUUGAUUAUAAUUAUAUAAUCAAUUAUAGGUAGCUACUUUUCUUAGAAAAACUUUAGAUAUUUUCAUGAAACAGGAAUAGCAAUAGUACUUGGAAUGGCUGUAUCUGUUUUUGCUUACUAUGCAUUAGAUUAUGAGGUCAAGCUAGAAAAAAAAAUGUUUGUCUAUAUAUUUCUUCCUGCGAUUGUAUUUGCUGAGGGUUAUUCAUUGAAAAAGAAAAUAUUUUUCCAUAAUAUGACAUAUAUCUUGAUUUAUGGGUUCUUAGGAACCAUUAUUACUUUUAGUUUCCUAGUUGUUUCCAUGAAUUAUCUCUGUAACAACGACUUGAUUAGAAUUGAAAGAGGAAAUAAAGACAUAAUUAAUGAUCCUAUUGUAGGAACUGAUCCAUAGCUAAAUACAAAAGAAAUCAUCUUGUUUAGUGCAGCAUUAAGCUCUAAAGAUUCUUUCUUAGCCUCAACAAUGGUCAGUCACCAUGCAUACCCAACUUUGUUCCAUGUUAUUUUUGGUGAGGGUAUAAUGAACGAUGCUACUUCUUUGAUUCUAUUUGAAAGCUUUGAAACUCUAAUAGAACACGAGUCAAAUUUUAGUUGGUCUACUAUCCCAAAUGUUUUGAUUAUAUUUAUAAUCAGCCUUAGUUUAAGCAUAUUUGCUGGAGUAUUUUUUGGAGUACUUUGCACACUUCUUUUGAAAUAUUUAAGAUUUUUAAAUUAGACUGUUAUACAUGAAAUUUUGAUAAUUUUUAUGUGCAGUUAUUCUGGCUAUUGCAUAAUUGAAUACGUCAAAUUAUCAGGUAUUAUUUCUUUGCUUGUUAGUGGAUUUAUUAUAGGCUAUUAUGGAUUCCAUAAUCUCUCAGAUAAAGCUAAAAUAUGUGCAAACGUUACUUUUCAAACUAUUUCUUGUGGAGCUGAAAAUUUCUUAUUCGCUUUCGUUGGUUUCACAACUUUUUCUUUCUAUACAAAUGCCUGGAGUUUUUCAUUAAUUGGCUGGAUUGUACUCAUAUUACUAGUAAGCAGAAUAUUUUAAGUCUUCGUGAUGAGUGCUAUUUUCAGAUUGUUUUACAGAAAUAAACCAUUUUUAAUGGGGCUAAGAGAAUAAAUUGUAAUCUGUUUUACAGGUAUCAGUAGAGGUAUUCUUGGCUUUAUCUUGAUGGAUCAAGUUGAAUCUGAAGAAUAUUAAGAUUUACUUAACAGCACAAUGAUAGGAGUGCUCAUUUCAACAACUUUACUUUUUGGUUUAAUUAACCCGAAGCUCAUUGAUUGUGUAUUGCCUCCUCCAUAACAUCAUGAUAGCGAAAAUGAAAGUUAAAAUAAUAAUAAACAUGAACAUGAACAUAAAAAUCCUAAACAAAAUCAGAAAGAUAUUGAAAAUUAAAUUGUAAUUGAAGUAUAUAAAAUAACUAAAGCCUAGACUGAAAAAUAUUCUGCUAAAAAGCAUGAAAAUGUGUAAAUUAGAAAAGUUUAGACUGAAAAAAUAAACAAAAACACUGAUACUAGCUAAAAUAAUUAAGAAUCAGAUGAAAACUUAUCAGAUACUGAUUACUUUGUUAUAAAGAAACAAAAGAUUUAGGCUUUAUUAAAUGAUGUUUAUGAUGAAAAGCUUUUUGGUUCAAAAAUUUAAUUCAAAUUUAGCAGAUUUAAUGAAAAGUAUUUAAAACCUUUUUUGAUUAGAGAAUACAAAUCAAAAUUAGAUGAAUUUAUUAUAGCCAAUAGAAUGUUAAGAGAAGAUAGAAUUUAGCUAACAAGACCAUUAGGCUAAAAUAAAAAUUCUGAAUUUAUUACAAACAGUUUAUAAAAGUUAAAGACUGUAUUAUAACUUGCUUAAUCAUAAAAAUUAGCAGAAAUUGAAAAUCUUAAAAAAUCUUAAAUAUUGUAAGAUUAAGAACCUUAAUAAAUAAAUUUUAAUAAAUAGGAAUAACCCCAACCAAUUUUAGAAAUUAUUAAAUUAAAGCCUCACCAAACUGAAUCAAAAUAUAAUGUCGAUAUUGAAUAAAUUAAUUUUCAAUUUUAAAAUUAAAAGAAAAAACCUUAAAGUAUUAAUUUAUAAUAAGAAAUAUAAAAUAAAUAAUCAAAAGAUUGA